AUAUUCGUAUUUUCUACUUACGUCAAUAAUAUAUUUUGCAUUAAAUUAAAAAUUUUACAGAAAUGGACCAUACCGGUGAUCCCAAUUCAAGGCCACAACAUCCUUUGGCAAACUAUCAAUUUUCCAGCGAUGAAUUGCGAGUAUUAAGAGAAUGUAAUCUUGAAUCUUUUUAUCAAAGGUCUCUUCCAUUGGGCACAGCUUUGGGUUUGGCUGCAUAUUUUGGGGUCAAACAAGGUUAUCUAACGCCUAACAUACGGUAUGGAGCAGUUCCUAAGGUUAUGGUAGGUGUACUGCUGGGAUAUUUUGUGGGAAAAUUUAGUUAUCAACAAAGAUGCGCAGAGAAAAUUAUGCUGUUACCGAAUUCCCGGUUAGGCGAGCUACUGCGACAACGACAAAAUCAAAGUGGAUUUUCUAGUCUGAAAACGGACUCGCAACUAGGUGUAGGCAUGACUUUAAGUCCUUUCGCCUCAAACGCAGGGGAUAUCUAUUCAGACGAACACCUGCAACCCGUUGGUAAAGGGAAUGCUCUGAAUUUGGAUAUGGAAAACCGUCCCACAUAUGCCGGUCUGGAUGACACUUACCGACCUACCCUAGACAGUACAGCUCAAAAUGAUACAGAUAUACCGCUAGAACCCGUCAAACCAGGUAUGACUUAUGAAGAACUACGUCAACGUAAUCGUGAGGAGUACGAAAAAAAACAACAAAAUCCUCUUUCAUCCCCUUUGCCGUCCAAUGCACCUCUAGUCAUACGUGAACCUAAGGCCACGCCUCCUGAAGACCCCGUUAAAAGGGUCCGCACUAAUAAAUACGGUGAUCCUUUGGAAUGAAUUAAACUUAUUGAAA